AGGAUUGUCCCUGCCCUUGCAACAAUUGACGUGUUCGUAUCCACUCUAACCAUUGUGGUCAUCGCUCUCGACCGCUACCUGUCCAUCGUGCACACCUCACAGUUAACGACACGUCACGUGGUCUCAGCACUGGUCAUCAUCUGGACAUUGUCCAUUUUGCUGUCCACGCCACUGUUUUGUUUCCAUAAAAUCGAUACACAAGAGGUCAGUAGAGUGUGCCAUUAAAGUAGGCCAGAAGAGUAUGUCAUUUAAGUAGGUCAGUAGAGUGUGUCAGAGAAAUCAGCUUGCUUUCCUCUACAAUCAAUCACUAAAUUUUAUAUCGUCAUUUUCCUCUAUACGCCAAUAGCCUAUUGUUUCUUGAUUUUUCUAUCCACAAACUAGGCCUACUUUUACUUGAUGUUUUUCUCUACAAACAUAGCCUACUUUCACACGAUUCUUUUCUUUACAAACAUAGCCUAAUUUUUCUUUAUUUUUCUCUCUUUACAUAAAGCUUAUUGUUUCUAGCUGUUUCUCUCUAAAAAUAUAGCCUACUGUUUUAUUGAUUCUGUCAAUGUUUUAAUGACAUAAAAAAAGUCAAAAAUUAAAUGAGCCAUCGAUUUGUUGAGACUAAGAAUAACAUUAACUGUUUUUAUCACCUUAAUGGCUGUGCAGAGCAAACUAUUUAUUUUAAUUCUCAAUACGGAACCCAAUGGCAUGGGUACUGUUUGCCAUUUAAGGAUUCAGUGGCAUUGGGACCGAAGACAUGUAAAGGACCCCAUGCUGCUGGUACUGUAUACCAUGAAGGGAUCCAAUGACACGGGUACUGUAUCCCAUCUAGGAUCCAGUGGCAUGUGUACUAUGAACCACGUAGGGAUAUAAUGAAAAAGUUCAUGUACACCAUGUAGGUAUCCAGAGGCACAGUUAUUGCAUACCAUGUAUAGGGAUCAAAUGGUACAGUUACUCUAUACCACAUAGGGAUCUAAUGGAAUGGGCACUGUUAUAACACACAAUGAUGUGAUGGCAGGGAUAAUUGUUGGGAACCAGGGAUGUAAUGUUACUGGUAAUAUCGAGCAUCCAGUGAUGUUGUUACGUUCCGUUAUAUAAUAAUGUAAAUUUAAUCACUUUUAAGAUUUGGCUCGUUAAAUGAACAAUACGUAACAAAGGACUGAAAACAAUUAUACAUAGAAAAACUCAACCAACGCUAUUUAUGUUUACAGUAUUCAAUUAAAUUAUACUAUUUAAUGUACAUUUCAAAUAAUACACAAUUCAUUACUGUUAUAUUCGACGCACACGAUAUUUAUUUGAGAAACUUGGCAAAUAUUGAUAUGAGAACCUGGAAAAUAUUUACAUGAUACAUUUGGAAAAUAUUCAAAUGAGAAACUUGGCAAAUAUUUAUAUUACGAGAUUUGCCUACAUUCAUAUCAGAAACUUGGCAAAUAUUUAUAUUACGAGAUUUGCCUACAUUCAUAUCAGAAACUUGGCAAAUAUGUAUUUUACAAGAAUGUGGCUACAUUUAUAUGAGAAGCUAGGCAAAUAUUUAUAUGAAAAACUUGCACCAAUAUUUCUAUGGUUUUAACAUUUCUGUGAAGCCGGAAUCAGAUUGUAAUCCGCUCUUAACAUGUAUUUAGGAAUAGCCAUAAAACAAUGUGUGACGGUAUUCGACAAUUUAAUUUUAAUCUUCGUAGAUACAAAACGUUAAGUUAGUAUUCGGAUAAAAAGAAUCGUAGGCCCCGAUUCUGAGUUAAAUAAUCGAAGUGGCGAUCUUUCUGACAUCUCAACCGUUUAUUCCCACACAGCAUGAACUAAAGAUUGUCACAAUUAAAGCUGGUAUUUUCGGGCUGGGAACUUCCUGAGACUAAGAGCUUUUUCUUUGAUACUUCGUCUGGCCUAUAAUCAAUAGUGUGUGCGUUGCGCAAUUUAAGUUUCAAAUCCUGGGGGAAAUAAUUUUGGUGUCAAAUGUUCAUAAAUUCUGGCUCAGAGAGUAAAUUACUUGAUCCAAGGGACAUCACCUUCCUGCGAAAGAAACUAACAUAGUCUUCCAAAUCCCCAAGGAAAACGAAUCAAUAUCAAAAUGACAUGUCAAGAUUUGUCUGUUUUGGAGAGAACAAUCCCCAGAACGCCAGUAUCUUAAAAUAAUAACGUGGUCGGUAAUUGAUUAAUGCUAAAAAAAACUUGCCAAUUGAAAUACAAUUUUAAAAUAAUUUCCAAGACACACAUGUGAUGGCUUACAUACCAACUAUAUAAACUUUAUAUGGACGAAGUGUAGUCACUGUUAGGAUUUUAAAAUUCUGCAAAAUUCUUCCUUUUUUGUAAAAAACACGAGGAUACACGUAAAAAUACAUGUUAGAAUACACGUGAGAAUAAAUGUGAGAAUACAUGUAAGAAUAAUUGAAAGAAUACACUUUAUGAAUACACGUGAGAGUACACGUGAGAAUGCAUGUGAAAAUACAUUUGAGAAUACACGUGAGAAUACACGUGAGAAUACAUUUGAGAAUACAUUUGAGAAUACACGUGAGAAUACACGUGAGAAUACAUUUGAGAAUACAUUUGAGAAUAUAUGUGAGAAUACAUGUGAGAAUACAUGUAAAAAUACAAAUGAGAAUGCAAGUGAGAAUACAUGUGAAAAUACGCGUGAGAAUACAUGUGAGAAUACAUGUGAGAAUACACUUGAGAAUACAUGGGAAAAUACAUGUGAGAAUACAUGUGAAAAAACACGUGAGAAUACAUGUGAGAAUACAUGUGUGAAUACAUUUGAGAAUACAUGUGAAAAUACAUGUGAGAAUACACGUGAGAAUACACGUGAGAUUACAUGUGAGAAUACAUUUGAGAAUACAUGUGAGAAUACAUUUGAGAAUACAUGUGAAAAUACAUGUGAGAAUACAAAUGAGAAUGCAUGUGAAAAUGCAUGUGAGAAUACAUGUGAGAAUACAUGUGAAAAUACAUGUGAAAAUACAUUUGAAAAUACAUGUGAGAAUAUAUGUGAGAAUACAUGUGAGAAUACAAUUGAGAAUAUUCAUUGACGAUAUAUUCUGUGUAUCUGUCCAGCUCUCACUAAAGGUGAAACAAUUUAGAUGACUAGCAGAUUCAAAGUGAGUAAAGGUAAAAACAUAUUACAAGCAUUAGCACUUAAUAAAAUCUCUAACACAUAUUACAAUCACUAACACUAAAUUUAUUUACACAAAGGUCUCAAAAUAUUUUGUUUUAAAUUUAACAAGAUUAGCUUUCUUUGUAAAGAAUGUUUAAAUACAUGUAUACUUUCAGUUGCCAGUGUUAAAUAUGAUACAGCAGCGUAGUCAGUGUGGGUAGGGGGUGGGGGGGUGGUAAACACGUGAAGUGGCCAUGCACCUCCAACGUUGUUUGGAAAGAUGGGCCUUUUUCAAAACCCAAAUUAUCCUUUUUUCAGACCUAAAUUUAACACCUCAAAAGGCGAUAUUGUCCAAAUCAUUCAAUUAACAGGCGUAAUGGCAUUCACCGAGCCUCCAACUUCAUUUUUAGUAGUGUACUUCUGUAUACAAAUAUCCUCCUCAUCCUCAUGUCCCUUACUCCUUGGACCCUUGGGGCGCCACAGUAUAAGUAGUUUAUAUCUGUUUACCAAUAUAUGGAGUGUAUGUCUCUAUUCCAAUAUAUAUAUAUAUAUAAUGUAUGUCUGAAAACAAUCUAUAUAUAUAUAUAUUAUAUAUAUAUAUAUAUAUAUAUAUAUAUAUAUAUAUAUAUAUAUAUAUGUAUGUAUAUAUAUAUAUAUAUAUAUAUAUAUAUUAGUGUAAGUCUGUAUACAAAUUAAGUAUUGUACGUCUGUAUAUCAAUUAUAAAAAUGUCGUUAAAAACCUUGCAUAUUUUAGAUUAAUUUCGUUUAAUAAAUUGUUAACAACUUUUGAAUUGAUUAAACUAUUUAAAAGUGAAAAAUUUAAUUUGAUCUCAAUUAAGAAUGAAGCCUUUGGAUUGGUUCAAAAGUGAGACAUAAAACAUAUGACAUCUGACAUAAGAUCUGUGACAUCUGACAUAAAAAAAUUUACAGGAGACAUCUGAUAACAGACAAAAGACAUGUGACAUGAAACAACUGACAUCUGACAUGAGACCUUCUGAGACCUUCUACUAAACGAAAGGAACAUGGAACUUAGAAAAGAAAUAGGAAACGUGAAGUAAUUGCAGAAGUACACCUAAUGCCUUUUAAUAAUUCAAGUAAAAAUGAUUUUAUUUCUUGGGUCCUUGUGCAAUGAUAGAUUUCUUGAUUGGUAAUAAGUAUCCUGUAGAAGCCCAUAUAUCUUUCAAAAUUUUAUUUUUAUUUUCCACGUAAUAAGUAGUUUUCGGAUUUCCUUGGAAGGGGAAGCGUCAGAUUUGCAAUACUUUUUAAAUCAUUGUUAGAUACGUAGCGAAUAGCUUAGACUAAAGAGAGCGUAGCUCAGAAUGCUUCAAAAAAAGAAAACAAUUUCAUUUUUGACAUUGCGUUACGCACUGCCUUCUAUUAUGAGAAAUUAAUCUCCAAUUUUAAAUUGAUGGCUUGUUCAAACAGUGCCUAACAAAGGACGAUACCAUAGAAAAAUACAAUAACAAAAUUCGACACCAAAAACAGUACCAAUUACAAUUAAUAAUAUUUAUUUAAGUAAUUACAAAACAAAAGAAAAUAUAAUUACAAAUCAUCAACUUACAGAGUAUGGGAAAAAUCUUGUACUGGUACACAAUUAGUACAAUGUGCCAAUCAAUAAUGAUGAAUGAUGAAAUGCGAACAAACACAUAUAAGUACACAAAGAAUAAUACAUGUCUCGUGAAGUUAAAAAUCUCCGUCCCUCUCUGUGCCUGUCAAUCACUUAUAUAUGUGGGUCUACCAACGCGUCUAGAAACGCCCUUACUUUUCUAAUACAAUCGAGAACGUUCCAUAAGAUACUUGUAGACAAACCAUGUUUAAUUGGAAGAGUAAAACAAAAUCUGCAAUAACAGACUUAACAACAUCCUUCUCUGACUUACUCUUUAAAUACAAUGGAGAACGUUCCAUAAGAUACUAGUAGACAUACAAACCAUGUUUAAUUGGAAGAGUAAAACAAAAUCUGCAAGAACAGACUUAACAACAUCCUUCUCUGACUUACUUUUUUAAUACACUCGAGAACGUUCCAUAAGAUACUAGUUGUAACACAUGUUACUUUAUUGCUGACAUAACAUGGUUAGCUAAUACUUUGUUUGAUUGUCAUGGAUGCGCUCUCACAUGCGUAGUGUAAUUAAUUCUCUCACUCCUCAAGACAACUUCACUGUCCUGUCACACAAUGAGGAUUCAACGUCCAUGAGUAAAUUGUACAUUAGUUUAUUAUAUGAAUUACUACAACAAAAUAAGACUUGCUAUGAGGAUACCCUGCAAUAAUUCUAGGAUGCAAUAAUCACACAUUAAUAUAAUAUUCCACAUGAAAAAUUAAUCACAAUACUUCAAUAAUCCACACAAGAGAGAAUAAAAAGAUGUCUUCUCCCUGUCAGGUAAAAUGGUACUCUACUGCUAUACUAAAGCGUGCGGUCUACCUCCGGUCUAGAAAAAAAUAGUUCCUCCUCUUUUCUGGUGAAAUAAGAGACAUUACAACUCUAUGCUCAAAUGCUUAGCGAUCCUGACAUAAUAAAAAUAAUGUGUGAAAAAUUACAGACAACUUGGUCUGUUAUACUAGUAGACAUACUAACCAUGCUUAAUUGAAAGUCGAUAGUAAACACGAUACAUCAAAGAGAUAAGCCGUGCCCAUAUGUGAACGUAGAGUGUGCUAGGAAUCUAAUUUGGGUCAAGCAAAGUUCACGCACGCGAACAGUGUCAUACAUAACAAUUGGCUUUGGUCUUAACUGCGCUCUAGAGAAAGCCUGAUGGGCUGGUUAUAAUAAAAUAACGAUAAGCUAGAAAGAAAAGAGCCUAGGCAAAAAGGCUAUUUAAAUUAGUUUAGCAGGCCAGAGCUAAGCAACUAGCGAUUAUGAAAAUACGAUUCUUUUUUUAUUUCACACAGACCGGAUGUUUCAAUGCUCCAAUUUUUUUAAUAAAAAAAAAGUAAACAAAUAAAGAUGAAUUUAGUUACUUGAUUUUUUUUGUUUUGGUUAAUGGGCGUAUUUUCUAUGUGCUCGCUUUCUCCCCCCCCCCAAAGUUGCGAAAUCUGGCUACGCCACUAAUAAGGUGACGAUAAAUUUAAUAGUAACUAAUGCGUUAUGAUCAAUUGACAGAAAAUUUGGAGUGCGAAAACAAAUGAGAGAAAUAAAACAAUAUAUCUAAAAAUAAAUUCAAUUUUCAUUCUCUUUCCAGAUGUACGAACACACUUUUAUACAGCAAUGUAUUGACCACUGGCCAGACGAGCUGUUCAGAGAAGUGUACACCACCGCUGUCAUGCUAAUACAGUACCUUACACCUGCAAGGUAAGUCAGAACCUUACACCUGCUAGGUGAGUCAAUAUCUUACACAUGCUAGGUGAGUCAAUAUCUUACACCUGCUAGGUGAGUCAAUGUUUUACACCUGCUAGGUGAGUCAAUAUCUUACACAUGUUAGGUGAGUCAAUAUCUUACACCUCCUAAGCGAGUCAGUACCUUACACCUGAUAGGUGAGUCAUUAUCAUACACCUUCCAAGCAAAUAAGUACCACACAUCUCAUAGUUGAGUCAAUAUCUUACAGCUGCUAGGUGAGUCAAUAUCUUACACCUUGUAAGCAUGUCAGUGCCUUACAUCUGAUAGGUGAGUCAAUAUCUUACACCAUCUAAGCAAGUCAGUACCUUACUUGUGAUGAGUCAGUAUCUUACUCGUGAUGAGUCAGUACAUUACAUCUGAUAAGUGAGUCAGUACCUUAAAUCUGAUAGGCUAGUGAAUAACUUACGACUUCUAAGUAAGUCAAUACGUUAGUCAGUACCUUACACCUGACAGGCGAGUCAGAAUAUUACACCUGAUAGGUGAGUCAAUAUCUUAGACCUUCUAUGCAAGUCAGUACUUUAGUCCCGAUAGUGAGUUAGUAGCCUUGCACCUGCUAGGUGAGUCAGUACCUUACCUGCAAGGUGAGUUGGUACCUUACAUCUGUUAGUUGAAUCAGAACCUUACAUCUGUUAAUUGAAUCAGAACCUUACACCUGUUAUUAGAGCAAGUCUCUUCCACCUGUUAGAUGACUCAGUACCUUAAAAUUGUUAAUUGAGUCAAUACCUUACACCUGUUAGUCUGUCUUUCGGGUCCAAUUUUGUGUUAUCUUAUGCGGGCGAGGCAAAAAGUUUGUGUUUGUGAGUUUGUGUUAGUGUAUGCGUUUUUGUGGUGUUUGUUGUGUUCGUGUGUGUAUGUUUAUGUUUGUAUGUGUGAGUGAGUGAGACUGCGUGUGUAUAAGUGUGUGGUGUUGUGUGUAUGGUUGUUGUGUUUGUGUGUAUGUGUGAGUGUGUGAGUUUUUGUUGUCUGUGUAUGUGUGUGCGCACGUGCAUGCGUGUGUGUUAGUGUGUGUGAUUGUGUGUGGGUAUGCGUGUAUGUAUGUGUGUGUUUCUAGCGUUUCUGUGUGUGCGUUUGUUUGUGCUUGUGUGUGUGCGUGUGUGCAUAUCUCACGACAAAGAAAAGUUGAACAGUCAUUAUUUUGAGUUUUUAUGUCAAGUCAUUCUUGAUUAAGGUUAAAUUAAAUAUAGACUAUAGAAUAAAAGUCGAUAUCUUGAGGGUAUGAAACCAUGAACUCAGGGCCGUCAAAAGUAAGGGUGAGUCGGCACUCACUUGAGGCGGCACUCAAUUGAGGCGGCACUCACUUAGAGCGCCAACUUGAAGCUGAUCCAAGUCGUCUUUUGAACGGGAAUACAACAAUAUAAUUUUAUUUCACAAGUCCAGAUGGCGCCACUUACAUAUUUUCUAAGUGUAUAUUUAUAUAUCACAUGUGCUCAAAGUCAGGGGUGGAUUGGGCCGUCGGGGCACCGGGAAGACUCCCGAUGGGCCGUGAGACUUACGGAAAACGCACUUUCGCAUUUGCUGGUCCAACAAUUUGGAACGCCCUUCCUGUCGAUCUCAGAAACAACCAGACACUGGAGUCCUUUAAAACCGAUUUAAAGACACAUCUAUUUCGCAAACACCUUCUGGGAUGAUUGUCAAACUUAUUUUCCAGUUAAUGCAUAAUGGUUGUGUUGCUUAUGGUUGAAAUGGCUAGAAAGACUUUCCCAUUGUAUGCUUGUAAUUAGUUUUUGUAGUGUUGCGUUUGUUUUAAAUGUGGUAAAUUAGAGAUUUGUUUUUUGUUGACUUUGUACCACGCUUCGAGCCUUUGGGGAUGAAGCGGGUUUUUUAAAUGAACUUCAUUAUUAUUAUUAUUAUUAUUAUAUAAUAAAAAUAAAAGUCAUGAAGAUAGGGCCGCUUUUUUUUGUUUUUUCCCGGGCCGCCUUGAUUUUUUCCAAGGCCGCUUGAACUCCCCAGUCCACCCUUGUUCAAAGCUCACGAAUAUCUCUAUUCCUAGCUUUAUUUCGUGCCUUCAUGCAAAGAUCUGCAAGUUUUUACACUAUCGUUUGGAAGAACGUCCCGGAAGUGACACACAGAUCCAGGCAAGGGCCAAGAAUGACCUAAAGCGUCAUCGAAGGAACAUGGCCCUGCUGACCGCUAUGGCCUUAGUGUUCUCUGUCACCUGGCUGCCCUUAACUCUGCUAAAUAUAACAGCAGAUUUAUUUCAUGAGGUUGGUGAUGCACACUGUCAAGCUAAUGUAGUUAAACAUUUUAGCAUAUUGCCUGUGAUGCACAAUGUAAAGCAACUGUAGUUGCACAUUUUAGCGCCUAGUCUGGUGAUGCACACUUUCAAGCAACUGUAGUUGCACAUUUUAGCACCUAGUCUGGUGAUGCACAAUGCCAAGCUAAUGUAGAUACACGUUUUAGCAUCCAGUCUGUUAAAAAGUAUAUAUAAUACAUAUGUAAGAUUUUAUGUAUAUUUUCAAAUAUCCUAGUCCUUAAUUAAAGAAAAACAAACAAUAUGUACAAAGAAGCUAGCGAUAACAAGUUGUACAAUAUUUAUAUGUUAUGGAUGCUCCGAAAUUUCAAAUCAUUUCAGACAGCAAUUAUGUUAAAUAGAUGUGAGAUUUAAUGUAAUACUUUUUAAAAUAAAGAUGUAUAUUUUUUUUUAAAAUCGUACAUGUGUUUAAUAGCGUUGUAUAAUGGACAAGUAACAAUAGAACCAGCAGCAGGUUACAAUCCAUAUAUCCAUCAAUCAAUCCAUCGAACCAUAAAUUCAUCGAACCAUAGUAUAUAUAUAUAUAUAUUUAGAUCGAUCCUGCUUAUUUCAGGUGUUUCAAGAAGGUCAGUACAAUCUGCUUCACGCGAUCAGCCUCCUCCUCGCCAUGUCCUCGUCCAUGGCCAACCCCAUCAUGUACGGCUGGUACAACUCCAACUUCAGAAAAGCCCUCUGCGAGCUGCUCGGCUUCUCCGACGCCUUCUCUGGCAAAGGCUCCAGCAACGAGAGAAGCCAAAAGAAAACCUCGAAAGACUUGAACAGAAACAACACCAGCUCCAAAUCAAACUCG